GCUGAGCUGUCUGACUGGUCUUGGCCCGCUCGGUCGGCAUCCUUGACUGCCACUUUUUUCAAUUGCAUUCCCGCGGCUGGCUAAGCCAAUCCUGCAUUUUCAUCCGCACCCAUCCAAUCCAGCCCAAAACAAUCGCUGCAGACCUGUCGCGGCUGCACCAGACAUCUUUUUGACAUCAAUUACCUCUUAACAACGACACCGGGCUCUCUACCACCUGACCUCGACCUUGGCACCGGCUAGACAGAUCAACGCAGGCCCAGAACUUGGGUUUUGAAACCGGACACCGCUGUCGCGUAGUUGGGGGCCGCGAUCACUUUGCGCGUCACUUCCAACACUCGGAUCCCUUCCACCUCGACACCCCUCAAUCAGUCAGCCGUUGAACAACUCCCAUGUCUGCAUGCUGAUCAUCCUACACUCGCGACUUGUCACGGUGGCGGUUGGCAGGAGCGGGCUGUCGUGUCAAUAAUAUAAUGCCUCCGCCGCCCUCGAGCUUCACCGCAUGCUUUCCGAAUGCGCCCAACUCUGUCGUGAACAGAGCACGUGAGCUCGAGAGGUCCAAAAGGCGCUCGGUUGACUCCCCUUCCGUGUCGCGCGGCACUAGGUUGGAUACCGGACGGACAACACCAGCAUCACGCCCCGAAGACGACCCUGCUGGCUUCGUGGCGUCCCAUACGCGCCUCAGCGAGCCUGCUUCCGAUGCGCCCGGUCCAUAUAUUGAUGACAGCGAGCUUAUCCCAGGCGACAUGCUGAAGACCGUUGGCUCGGCGAGCUCGCACGCGAGCACAAGCUCAUCUAUAUUUAGCUCAUCCUCACAUUCCCAGAACGCCAUGGCUACGUCAAAGGAUUCAAGUAGUCAUGUUACGCCUCUCACGAAUCCCCGAUCGCCACCACCCUACUUCGUCACCUCAGAUCCACCCAAGCCGUCAGCAUCAACUCCUCUCGGCCUCGAAAAGCUUGAGGAUCCAAUUUCUUUGCCGAUACCAGGCUGCACAGCACCCAACGGGGUCCAGCCUUCGUCGACUGUGGCUAUCAUCGAACGUAUCCCUGCUCGAGAUAUCAACCGCUCUGUGCUUGGCUUGGCCUGUACAUAUGAUCCCUUGCUCGAUCGCUCUGCCUCUGCCGACAAAAAGAAGACCCAGCCUAUAUACGCUGAGUUUGGAAUCGAAGAUGAUGACCACCCCCCUCCAGAUCCCCGCCAAGCCAAGGGCGGAAGGCUCAACUACAUCAAUGUCGACUAUCACCACCCCAAGGCUCGUUUAAGGCAUGCACCUUACAAUCUUAGGCCUUACCCGUACGACCCCAAGAUGGCUGUUGGGCCAGGACCACCUACCCAGAUUGUCGUGACUGGAUUCAAUCCACUUAUCGCCUUCUCCAAGGUGACUGCAAUCUUUGGUUCGUUUGGUGAUGUUGCCGAGAGCUCGAACAAGAUGCAUCCCGAGACCGGCAGUUAUCUUGGUUUCGCAACGUUCCGUUACAGAGACGCCAAGCCAAAUCGCAUGAGACCUCAACCAGUAUUUGCGAUAGACGCCGCCAAGAGAGCGGUGCGCCAAAUGAACGGGCAGCGUAUCGAGGCGCACCAAAUCCGGGUUGAGUAUGACCCGGAUGGCAGGAAGAGUGGCCGCAUGAUGGAGGAUGUGCUGAAAAAGGACAAAGAGAAGAUGCUUGCGGCACAACAAAAGAUCCCAACCGCACCCAGAAGCGUCGGUACACCUGCCACUGGAGUACCUCCAACUGCCCCCAGGGGCCCAGCCGCCCUGCGACAGGGUUCAAUGGCGAACUCUCCCAUGGAUCCCACCCGUCUAGGUGCACCAUCUGGAGCCCCCCAUCCUGCUAUCGCCCACCGCCAAGCUGUACUUGCCCGCGUGGUGAAGAAUCCUUUCAUCUUUGUCGCCCAUAAGUCCGUUCCCGUCUCGCCUUUGACAGUCCCGCACAUGAAGAAGAGAUUAAGGGGCUUUACAAUGGAUGACAUCCUGAUCAUCGAGAAGUACGGCUACUAUCUCAUAUUUGCCGAUUCCUCCUACGGUCGUGACCAAGCGGAACGGUGCUAUAAGUGCACUAAUCACUCGCGAUUCUUCGAUUACGACAUGAUCAUGUCUCAUCAUCCGUACGGGACCUCUGGUGUCCCACCAUCUCGCAAGGAUGACGGGGACAAAACAGAACGGCGACGGAGUAGGUCAAAGGAGCGCAAACCCGCUUAUGAAAUGCCCGCGCAAGCAAAUGAUCGAAUGCGCACGAAGCGAGAUGAAGACGGGGACAUUGAGGAAGAGAAGAAGCAGCGGGCCAAGGAUUUUGAUCCUGUAUUGGAAGCCGUCCGCAUGGUUAGACGUGAAAUGACUGAGCAUUUGAUCCGCCACAUUCGCACCAAGGUUGCAACUCCAGCCGUUGUUGCAUAUCUUGAUCCAGCAAACCAUUCUGCAAAGCGCAGAAAGCUCAACCUGGACGAUUCCCAUCAUGACCUAAGUUCUGAUCUUGUCGACGAUAGCGCUGCCAAGUCACCCAUUGGCACACCUAAUUCUCGGGACGAUCCCAUCGAACGGCAAACAGCACGCGGGAUUGCAGCCCUCCCACGUAUCCGCAAAGUCAAGUAUGAGGAAGGAGCCCGCAGGCAAGAAUUCUUGGAUCCAUUUGAGCGCCGACGCGCGCCCCGUGCUCGCGUGCGACCUGCAUUCCGGUCUCUUCACCAUCGUCUGCAUGUCGAUAGUGAUAGCGAGUCUGAAGAUGAUCAGGAAACACGUGAAGCUCAUAUCGAGGAUACGGAGGAACCAGAGUCUCGGCCGCGCAGCCGGAUGAGUACAGAUGAAGAUGCAAUGCAGGAUGAUCUCGGAUCUUGGGGUCGACAAGAGGAAGACUCAAUGACAGAGGCUAGCUUUGCUGUCAAUGACGCAUCUUUGUUAGCAGGCAAAAAGAGGAAACUCGAUGUGCCAACAGAAAAGGCUCUCAAGAAGCAGAAGAAAAACGAGGAGGAGCUUUUUGGCGUGGCUAUGGAGAAGGUCGACGUUGGACUGCCUGUAACGGAUGCACCUAUUACUGAGGAUAUUGUCAUCCAGGAUGCAGAUGUUUUAGAAAAGGACGAGUCCGGAAGCUCUCGCCUGCCAACGCCCGCGCCUCUGGACGCAAAAAGCAAGAAGAAACCGGUCAAGAAAAAGAAGACCAAGAAACAACUUUUCGAGGAGCGAGAAGCACAGAAGAAGGCCGAACAAGAGGCUCUCGAGGAAGAGGAGGCAGCGCGUUUGAAGAAGGCUGAAGAGGCCAAGGCUGAUGCUGAUCCCGAGCCAGCCCCUGAUUCUACCGCACCCCCUCAAGAUGAUGUUGCCGAACGACUGCGCUUGGACCCUGAAUUGUUCCCCGACAAACUGAUGUCUGCGCUCACUAUCCCGCCCGACUUUGAGCUAGACAUUGGUACAUUGGAUUUGCUGUCUCUCGGUUUGAAAGAUCGUCCAGAUACGGCGAGGCUCAAGAGACGCUUCCAGAUCGGCGACAUCGGUGAUCCUGAGUUUUGGGUCUGGAAGCGGAAUCGCAUCAGGUGUCUCAAUGUGGAUUCUAGUUUGGAAGACUCGCGACAUCCCAGAAUCGAGGGUUACUAUGUCCCCAACGCGACUGGUUGUGCUCGCACCGAGGGUGUUAAGAAGAUCCUCAACUCAGAAAAGUCAAAAUACCUGCCGCAUCACAUCAAGGUCAAGAAGGCGCGCGAGGAACGUCAAGCCCAGGCCAAGGCGGCGCCUGGCAAGAGCCUAACAGCCGUCAAGGUUGCGGACGAUAACAGCAUCUCUAGAGGUUCCUCUCGUGCUAAUCGCGCCAAUCAUAGGCGGGCUAUGGCAGAGAUGAAUGAUCAGAAAUCGGAUGCCCUGAGGUUCAACCAGCUCAAAAAGCGGAAGAAGCCGGUCAAAUUUGAGCGUUCCGCGAUUCACAACUGGGGACUUUAUGCCAUGGAGCAUAUACCAAAGGACGACAUGAUCAUUGAAUAUGUCGGUGAGGAAGUCCGGCCGUCGGUGGCUCAAGUGCGCGAGGCAAGAUACGACAGGAGCGGCAUUGGAAGCAGCUAUCUUUUCCGAAUUGAUGAGGAUGCGGUUAUAGAUGCAACCAAGAAGGGUGGCAUUGCGAGAUUCAUCAACCAUAGUUGCAUGCCAAACUGCACUGCCAAGAUCAUCAGGGUGGAGGGCACGAAACGCAUUGUCAUCUAUGCGUUGAGAGACAUUGCACGGAACGAAGAGCUCACGUAUGAUUACAAGUUUGAGCUUGAAGAAAAAGAGGAGGACAGGGUUCCCUGCCUGUGUGGAACUACCAACUGCAAGGGCUUCCUCAACUGAAGUCAUCUGCAUUUUGUGCGGCAUGUUGUGCACAAACAGUGUCCUCCUUCCCGUGUCUCUAAGACAUGCUACUCUUGCUACCCCUCUUUGGUGGUUGGGACUUUAGUCUACCCUACGGAUGGUUUCCCAUCUUCAGCGGUCGUGACGUCUGCAUUGUGUGCGGGCCUCGCCGUUAUCUUUAACUACCUCGCUCAACGUUUCGAGGGUUUCCCUGUUUUUCUUGGUUUGGCUUUUUGAACCGGCUUUUUGUUGCUGUAAUAUCUAGUGAGCGCCGCUAGGCAUUUGGGUUGAUGAAGCCACUCGAUUCGGCUUUGAUGACCCGCGGGUUGUAUGGACCAACUGGACCGUCCAUGAAAAGCCGCAGAAUGUUUAUAUAACACUACACUAUAUACCAGGAUCACAUGCAUGUAUGUGCUUAUGUUUACUUGCCAAUUUUAUUCUCCAGUGUAAAUGUCUUUCAGA